UCGGGGCCUUUGAUAUAUUAAGCAUAUACGAUAUCUAUCAGCUGCUGCCUACAUAAUCUUGGUAAAUUGAAAUUAGAUCGGUAGGCGUAUAGUCUCCUGUUUAUUAUACAUGGCGGGUAGUUUGGGCAAGGCAAGAAGAGAACUAGAGGAGCUCUACUCGGGAAUCCCGGAUGAAUCGGUGAAUCUCACUUUUCAAGACUUUGCUCAACUGCCCACCGCGAUUACAUCGUCAAAUAAUCAUCAUCAUCAUCUUACGCCGUCUGCUCUAUCAAAACUCCCCAGCUUAGAUUUCAACAAGGCCUUUGAAGAAGCAUCCAUCAAUAUUCAUCACCACAGCAGUAAUCAUCAUGAGACGACGACUACCCACAACAACAGCGGAAGAUUUUAUUCUUCAUUUAUGGAUCACUAUGGCGAGGAAGCUGCUCUGCACACGUCGUCUCACCGUCCUCCUCCUCCUCAGGACAUGAGCGUAAACCAUAGUCGUCGUCAUCAUCAUCAUCAAGCCGUUGGUAAUACGAAUACUGCAUCAUCAGGAUAUCGUCAUCAGCAGCAACAAGCAGCAGCAGCAGCAGACCAUCAUCAUGAUAUUAUGAGUGGUGGUACAAGCAGCAUGAUGAUGUCUAGUAAUUUCAUGGAUUCAUUUCAAGGCGGCGGCAGCGGGAGACGUAGACGGCCGGGAAUUCCUCAUUCGAAUAUAUGCAGCAUCUGCAGCGUGUACAUGUAUAUGUUUCGAAAUAAUAGAUGUUUGGUGUGCGGAAGAGUCUACUGCAGACAAUGUGUAAGCAUAGGGAUGGGAGAGAUGACCGAGGGAAGGAAAUGCAUCCAAUGUUUGGGGAAGAGGUUCAGCCAAAGGUACAUAGACAGAGCAGGAAAGGCAGGAGGAGGAUGCUGUAUGGGGUUCUUGGAUUCCUCAUCAACCACCAGAGCCCGGCAGCGAGAGACGGAAUGGGCGGAGAAAGGGCCAAGGAAAAGCAGCAAUGGAAACCAUACCAACACCACCACGACUCCUAGUCGAAACUACAAUAACGUCUACUCAGCUGCAGCAUCCCCAGCAACACCCACCCAUGGAGGCCAUCACGCUCAUCGUGCAGCAGCAGCUGCUCCUCCCGAUUUCAGCAGAAGCAGCUCACCCUCUCCCUAUUCACCAUAUAAUACUCAUUCUCCUGCUUCUAGUUAUCACUUCCCUUUAUAGUCCUACUCCUAGGUAAACGCAAACCAGUUUCUUCCUCUGUUACAUGACAUCGCGUGCUUCUAAUAUUAUUGUCAUUUUUACCUCUCACUAUUCACUAUGUUCCUACUUUAUUUACAUUUCAAUGUAGGGGUUGUCUAGUGUGUGCCCAUGUACAACAUGCUAAGCGCGGAAUUUGAUAAAUUUGGAAGGUUUUGAUCGGUGUGGUUGUUGUAUUUGCAGAGGGUCUACCAUUAUUAAGAUACGAGAGCCAAUCAAAAUCUCUCAAACUUUUAAAAUUCUGCGCUUAGCAUGUGCCCAUUGACACACACUAGAAAAACCGUUCAAUGUAUUAUCUUAUUAUAUUAU